UGAGAGCACAAUGAUACUAUCACCAGCAUCAAAACCAUUGUAGGUAGAGUGUGAUCAGGUCCUCUGCUCCUCUGCUAUAGUAUAUAGCUGCUCAGCAGAGAAGUCUUUCAGUGCACAGUCUGAAGAGAAUAAAGACAGCAGUACGAUCACACAGAACAAUCAACUGACAAGACUAUGUCUUCUACACAUAGUGCCGGAUACACUGCAGACUGUAUAAAUGCAUGGUACUGGUAUACACACCCACGUUUUAAGAUAUCAAUUCUACACGUAUAGAAUUUAUAUUUCAAACGUGGACAUGGCUUCCUGUGACGUGUGUGGGCGAGAUACAAACAUUUCGCGCUAUUGCGCGACCUGAGCACCUACCAAUAUUCCUAUAAACGCCUGUGUUUAUAUCCCCCUAUGGUAAUAACUCUGAAUACUGUUCUCUGGGAACUAGAGCCAUGUUCUUAGAAAACAGUAUUCAGAGUUUGCAGUGCAACUCAACUAGCACCAACAUUACAAAAGUCGAACUAUAUUUGUUGGUGCAUAGAUCUACAUGUUAUACCGUAUUACGCAAUAUUUACUACAUAAUUUUGCUGCUGUCAAGUUGUACUUUGGACUCUAGCAUUUAGCCUCACUAUUGUUAACAUUUCCUCUCUUUGUUCAUGUGAGCCCCACCCAUGCAGGGCCUCUAUCACUGUAUUUUGUGCUCCUGCAGCCUUUUUGUACUCACUUUUGCUCUCUAUCUAAGAAUUGUUGGCACAGCAAUAGUGAAGUCAAUUUGCAUGAAUGCUUGCUAUAGCUUAGUUACAGUAUAGUAUUCAAUUGCAUAUAGCGGAAUAGAACCUGCUAUAUCACUCAGCUAACUAUUCAACCGUACCGAGAAAGAGCUCAAACAAUAAUAUUCGUUUUCAAUCAAUUAUUGUCAUAAUAACCCUUGAAGCUCCACAGAAAAGUGGUUGGCUAUAAAAAUAGCAUCAAAAAAUAACUUGGCAACUACAAACUUGAGUGUCAAAACUGUCUGGAAUCUUUGUUUCACGGAAACCGGGCGACGACACAACUUGCAAACCAACAACCACAAGCAGUCAUUAUAUUAAUGGCUGAUGCUAGACAGAUUGGAGGUUACAUUUCUACAGCUACUGGUCUUGUAUUGCGGUGCAGUGACUUUUCUCCCCCUUGGGUGCUGCUACAGAUAACCAUCUUCACCAUAUCCACUGCUCUGACUGUUUUCGACACAUACACUGACUGGGAGGUUGUCCUCCACUUUCAGGAGGUGAGUUUCAACAAUCCUCUCUUACCACGCGAUGACAACUGGCUGAGAGCUUGGUUUCUGUUUGCCGCUUUUGGUACAGUACUAUCAGUGAUUUCAAUUGGACAUGAAGGAAUUGUCAUAUUGUAUUCCAUGUAUAAGUCUUGUCAGAGAAGCUGUUGCAAAACUCAUAGAAAGGCUUAUCAGCAUAUACAAUCUUCUAAUGAUGCUAUCGAACCUGCACUCAACACCAGAAUGGAAACAGAACCCACCAGUGAUGAAACACUAGCUACAACGCCCGGAGACAUAGAUGAAGAAGAAGGAAAAGAAAAAGAUGUAGAUCUAGCUACAAAUACAAAUGAUGCUAUGGACACUGCACUUAACGCCAGAAUGGAGACAGAACUCACCAGUGAUGAAACACUAACACCACUUAUAGCGACGCCCACCGAUGAAGAAGACGGUAGUGUUGCAUUCUCUACCAUCAGUUAUGCAUCAAUGGGGACCAGUGAUGAAGCACUAACACCACUUACACCAAGACAUGUACAAGGAGCUGCAACGCCCACCGAUGAAGAAGAAGGUAGUGGUGCAUUCACUACCAUCAGUUAUGCAUCAAUGGGGACCGGUGAUGAAGCACUAACACCACUUACACCAAGACAUGUACAAGGAGCUGCAACGCCCACCGAUGAAGAAGAAGGUAGUGGUGCAUUCACUACCAUCAGUUAUGCAUCAAUGGGGACCAGUGAUGAAGCACUUAUAGCAAUGCCCACCAAUGAAGAAGACGGUAGUGUUGCAUUCACUACCAUCAGUUAUGCAUCAAUGGGGACCGGUGAUGAAGCACUAACACCACUUACACCAAGACAAGGAGCUACAACUGCAUCCAGAGACAUGGAUGAAGAGGAAGGAAAAGAAAAGGAUGUAGCAGGUGAAAUUACUGAUCCCCUAAAAUGGUGUUUUCGAAAAGGAUGGAACUCAACAACACGAAAUGAAGCACUUGGUGCAAUCAUACUGUGGUUUCAAGAUGUUCCAAUGCUGACAAUGUCAGUGUUAUAUGCCUUCUCACAAACCUCUUGCAAGACGCCAGAACCAAGAGAUGCUUCUCCGAUUUUGCUAAAUAUUGGAAUCAGUGCGACUGCAGCUGUGAUUGCUUCUUGCUGGAGACUCAUACGCUCAUUUGUACGAUUUUACUUCACUGUGAAAAUAGCAGGCAAAAUUGAGCCAAUUAAGCCUAAAUGCUUAGGUGAUCUUUUUCCUACUAGACCUAUCAAGCCACCUGGCAAAAGACUGAAGAAAAUUCUUCCCAAAUCGAGUGAGAGCGCUUACCCUCCUGAUACGUGUGCACACCAAUGCUUGAGAACAUAUUACUUCGGUAUUAUAAUGCAGCUUGCAGCCACAAGUGGAGCUCUUGGUGUUCUUUUUACAAUCUGGUUAAAAUAUGCCAUAGCAACAAGUAAGACCUAUGAUGAGUACGAGUCGCUAGGUAUCUAUCGUUUUUCUAUCGGUCCCGAUUUACUUUUGUUUAAUAUUUCUGACAUUAUUACUCCCUCCAACGGAAGCUUUGUUAAUUUGGAACAGAUCCCAAACAUAGAUCCAUGGGACAUAUACUGCUUGAGUGAGUUUGAGUAUCGAGAGGAAAAUUUCGAAAUUUUUUUUAAUGUGAUUGAAGUGAUAGUUGUAUCACCUGAAGGAAAGUUUUGUGACACACGAGUUGUCAACAGCACUAACAGUUUUUGCUAUUCAUAUUACACACAAGGUAAUUUUAUACUCUACUACGCUUCUCAGAAUCCCAUAACUGGAGAUGUGAAUCGCUUUGAUGAUGAAUGUACAGCCGUAAAAGACAUCUUUGGUUACCAUGCUGGUCCGAAAGUUGACCUUGGCAUCAAUGUUGGUCGUCAUAUCGAUCGUGCGGGUUUCCCACAAAACAACGAGCCUCUUGUGAUCUACUAUCCGAAAUUGGGGGAGUAUGUGUUAUUUUCAGAAAUUGUAGAUAAACCUUCUAUUAUUUCUCUUCCUUCAGUUCAGUUCCAAAAUAAAACAUUGAAUUGCAGCAUCCAGUUUUCUUACAGCGAGCCCCAAGGUGCAGUCCUAUACACUUAUCGAGGAGCUACAUACGAUGAAAAUGGGAAUUGCUUCUGCAGCAUUAUAAAUACUCUUAUAUGCAGACAUGUUUAUUCCAAAAAUGUGAUGUAUGGCUACCUGACCGAGGAUUCAUCUGUUAUACCUUUUACUCAUUGCUACGGUUUCUCUUAUGAACAGAUCACUCCAAAGUAUAUUCUAACCUUCUUACAUGUAUGUCCUUGUUAGUAUAUAAUUAUCUGACUGUAAAGAAUAGUUAUUGUGUUUGUAAAAAAAAUUAAUGAACGAGUAUUGUACAGUCACACCCCUUGUUACAUAAUAAAGACUUGUGUAUAAUUUG